GCUCCCCUCCCUCCCGUAUGCAAAUGAGCGGGCGUGAGGUCAGAGGCAGACGGGAAAGGGAAGAGGCAGAAUGGCCGCCGCGGCUCCCGCUCCUGGCGCCUCGCAGUGCCGGAGCCCCCGCUGCACGGCGGAGCGCAGGGGAGUCCGCCGCGAACUCGACUCCUGGCGGCACCGGCUCAUGCACUGUGUGGGUUUUGAAAGUAUUUUAGAAGGGCUUUAUGGACCAAGGCUACGAAGAGACCUCAGUUUAUUUGAAGACUGUGAACCAGAAGAAGUGGCUGACUGGUCUAUGGAUGAAAAAUGUUCCUUUUGUAAUUUACAUAAAGACACAGUCAGUGAUCAUACGACAAUUAUUGGUUCUUUACAGUCAGCACCUACAGAGGAACUAUCAUCUCAGGGCCAGUCCAACACUGAUAAAAUUGAGUGCCAAGCAGAGAAUUACCUAAAUGCACUCUUUCGCAAGAAAGAUCUUCCUCAGAACUGUGAUCCUAACAUUCCCUUAGUUGCUCAGGAAUUAAUGAAAAAGAUGAUCCGUCAAUUUGCAAUUGAAUACAUUUCAAAAAGUAGUAAAAUGCAAGAAAAUAGAAACGGUUCGUCAUAUGAAACAAGUCUGAUAUGUAAAGGUAUCCAAAUGAACCAAACAGAAAAUUCAUUUCAGGAAGAACAGGAUAGCCCUCUAGACCUCACUGUGAAUCGAAUACAAGAGCAGAAUACUCAGCAAGGGGAUGGAGUGCUAGAUCUUUCUACAAAGAAAACAAGCUUGGAGCAGUCAGCAUAUGAUGGAUCUUCUGAAAAUUCUGUGUCUGGUUCAAGUGCAACAGAUGAUGCAAAAUCAGAGGAAACAUCUAAAUUGGAAAGAGGAAAUUCUGCUCUAAGCAAGGUUUUGGAAUCGUUAUGCUCUUAUCAUGGGCAUCAGAUUUUAGCUAUGUUGAAAUUUUUAAUCCAAGAAUCGUGUAUUGAUUCUGUUGGCAGUUGUCAACUGCCACAAACUAUAUAUUCUGAAGCAUCUGAAGAUGAUGUGCACAUUCCAGCCUGCAGUUGUGAUGGCAACAUGCAAAUGAAAAGGUGCUGCUUACAAAAUCAAAGACCAAAUACUUGUUUGCCACCUCUGUCAGUCUAUGUGAAAGACUUAGAUCGUUUGUCAUGCCAGUCUGUGACUGUUGGAUAUGUUAACACAGUGGUAAACAAUGGGAAUCCUGUGCCUUCUAGUCCUCCUAGGUGCUGCCUCAAACAGUUAAAGGAUUGUAAGAGCCACAUGGCAAAAACAGCACUUUGUACACAUCUCAUUUCAGCAGGGCAAAAGAUUAACAAAGCUAGCAGAGGCCACAGCCCUUCGCCACCUACAUUAUCACCUGUGGAAGCUGAUGAAUAUGAUUAUUUGGAGGAAUCAGUUGAAGGAUCUCUAAAUAGACUUGAAAUGAAUCGUAAUCAGCCUCCUUGCCUGUCACGAGCUGAAAGAAGUUCUGUGUGUGAACCGAAAAAUAAAUUAUGCACUGCAGAAGUGUCCGGUAACGUGGAUAAGACUUUUCUAAGUCCAAAUCAAGAAACUAGCCUUAUAAAUUCUGAUAAGCUUGAAAAAGUUGAAAAUGCUGCCUCCUUUCAGGACUUAAUGGAUCGAAUUAAUGAGAAAUUAAAAUCAAUCGAAGCUACUGAUACAGUAAAUCUUGCAAAAUUAUCUAAGAGUGAUGGGAGAACAGAAUCUGAUAUUAAAUUACAGAGCUUCAUAACCUCUCUCUUACAUGAUGCUAAGGCAAAUGAUUACAAUUUUAUGGAGCUGUUGAGCCAGCAUGACAAAGAAGCAGAAAAUAAAAUUAUCCAAACACGAUUUCGCAAACGGCAAGAAACCUUAUUUGCACUGCAUAAUUCCCCCGAUUCAUCACUGUUUAGAAGACAAUCGUUGCAAUUUAAGAGAGAGCUAGCCAGUCUGGAUGAAACCUUCAUAAGAAAAAAGGCAAAUUCAGAAAGAAAUGUGAAAAAAAAUUACAAACUAUCACCAAACAAAAAUGAAAAUCAUAGCACAUCAAAAGAUCAAUCUUUACAAAUUAAUGAAAAUAAAUAUCAGCUAUUUUCUCCCAUUAAAUCAAAGUCUUUGCCAGUAGGUCAAGAAGAGACAGUAGAACUACUUCUGAAUAAUUCAGAGACCAAUUCUGGUUUAGUGGCAAUUUCAGAAAAUAAUUCUACAGCAUCCCAAACCAGCUUGGCUAAAAUACAUGGAAAUUGUGAACUACAUAUGGAUCCAGUCUCUGUGAAGGGAGAUGAUGAUAGGAUGUUGGACAGGACCAAACACAAUGUUAUUCCUCCUAUGUGGUGCUCUGUGUAUGUGACAAACAAUUUUUUAUUUCAAAAAUCCUCAAACGGGAAAAAAACUAACUGCAUGGAAAGAGAAAAAAUGCUUAAAGAUUUACAGGCCCAAACGUGCAGCAAUGAAGAUAUAAAUAAGAUUGUACGAAACACAAAUCUACAUGUUGUUGUAGAGCGUUUGGAAGAUACAAUAAAUAUGGCUCAAAAGACUAAAAAGCCAUUGUUUAAUGGUUAUAAAAUAUCCAGCAAACUGAAAGAUACGCACAAGUAUGAAGCCAACAAUAAUGCUAAAAAUGGUCUUCUUAUUAGCAUGAGUGAAAGUGGAAGUACGGGACAAUAUGUACUGUCACAAGCUCAUGCGCCAUGUAGCAAUAAUAGCAAACAGGAAUGUCUGCCAACAAAAGAAGAAAAAGUGUCUGAUGAAGGAUAUAAAAGCCUUUUGAAAUCAUCGGCAUUUAAUUCAGAUUCGUUGACUUACCAUAAUGAGGACUUGCAAUCAAGUUCUGAUGUGGGAGACAAUUCUCCAGCGCUAAAUUACACUAGUCCUAUCAAACUUAUGUUCCUUUCAGAGAUUAAUAGUAGCGAAGGAGUCAAAUACACACUAACCUCUGUAAAUGAUUCUGCGAAAUUAAACAUUGACCUUUAUUCUCUUCAGAGGAAAACAAGUGUGCUAUCAGAAAAGCAAUUGGAAGCUGUGGAUCCUGAUAAAACUCUUUCUCUUGAAAACAGUCCUAAAAAUGAAGCAAAUUCUGUUUUUCCUACAGUUAUUGCCCAUGAAACAAACAUUGGUGAGCAUAAGCCAAAUGAUAACCCUGUAGAACAAAGUGGCAAUGGAUGCUCUCUGAAAAGAAAACCGGGCCGACCAAAAAAAUUAGGUCCUCAAGUUGUGAAGCAGAUUAAGCGUCCAAUUGGUCGACCGCCAAAGCCUAAGGUAGAUGCUGAAAAUGCCAGUAAUAUAAGUGAUUCCAUCAGUGCUAGAGGGAAAAGUGUGAGCUCCAGUGCAGAAGUUCCAGAGGACAAUAAUAUUAACAAAAACAUUACUGUGACAGUUGUCUUUGGAAGGUCACGAAGGACUAAGAGGUGUGUUUCUGAAGGUAGCCUAAAUGUAGUCAGUUUGGUACCAAGUCCUCACAAUCAUGUUAAUGUUGUACGUGAAUCAGAUCAAGCGAAGCAGAACUCGGAAACGAGGAAUAGUUUGCCAAAAAACAGAAGUACGCAAAAUUCUGCCUCUGAACGCAAGACCUCUGCAUCUGGCUAUGAGUAUGUUAGACCUUUAGAGAGCAGCCCAUUGUUACCAUCCCAUUGCAGCAAUAUCAUAAGACCAAAACAGAAGCCUUUAAAUAUAAUUAGAAAACCUGGUAGACCAGCAAAAGUAAAAAUAUCUGGCAUAUCAGUGACUGUUAACCAGAUUUCAUCUCAGGAAAGGAUAGUGAAUAUUACCAGCUGCCUGCCUCCUUUAGAACAAGAGACUGUGUUAGAAAAACAUGUGUCUCCUAAGAAGGUUGAUCAACAAUGCAAUAAGUUGGAUGUUUCAAAAAGCUUUUGGAAUGAUAAAGGGAAGGAUUUUUCGGACGAAAUUAUUACAAUAGCCCCAAGUAAACCCGAAAUCCCUUUGAGACAGUCUCUUAGAGAUAGAAGACCAUCACUGCCUUUCUUACAGUCCUUAGCAUCCUCUAACUCGCUGUCUUGUAGACGUGCCUUUCUACACAAAUCCUAUAAGCUCUGUUUGAAAAAUGCUAAGAAUCAAAAAAUAAAACAUUCAAACAUGACACCCAAAGAUACCUCAGGAAAUAAGGGCCUAGCAAAAGCAAAAAAAAGUCCAGAGAAGAAUAAGUUUAGAUUUGUUAAUGAAUUGUCAUCGGAUCCCACCAUUUCAUCAAAUUCUUCCCUCAGAUGGUGGGAUCCUUCCAUUUCUAAUGAUUCCUUGUUAAAAGAACUAAAUAGUAGAUAUGAACAGAUAACAAAUACUUGGUUGCACGUGAACGGAGAAGAAUUUGAGAAAUGUCUCUAUGAUGAGCGGUGUCAUAUUGAACAAGACUAUAGCAUUAAAGUCUCAAACCCUUUGGACUCCUGCAUGUUACAGCUUGAAAACUCUCCUAUAAAAAUGCUUUUCCAGAAAAAGUGUAAUAUAGAUGAACUGUGCACAUGGUUUAUGCAAACUACGGAAACACAGUCACUGUCAUUAGUGAGAAAGGCAAAUGCUCGCAAUCCUGUUGAAGUCAUUAGUACACGGCAAUUUAAAAUUGGAACAAGACAAUGCGAUUGUAAUACUAGUCCUUUGAGAAAGCACUUUAAAAAAUUUGCACUAUCCACGCCAUCAAAACCAGCAGGAAAGAUACAAAUCCUACAUAAAAUAGUCAGGUCUCAAGUCUUAAAGAGGAAGCGUAACUUCACUUUAGCUAAAUUAAGAAGAACCAAAUUUGAGAAUUUACAGCACGGUCGGUGGAGACAAGUGAAAAAGCUGUAUAACCAUGGAUCAAGUGACUGGAAAUCGAAAAAGCAGCAUUUGCGAUUCUUCUGCCAAAGCCAGUGUUUUGCUAACCCAAGUCAGGAGAUGAGCAACAAAAUGGGCGCAAGCCACGAAAAUGGUACCGUAGACACUAAAUCGCCCGCAAUUCUUGUAGACUCUCGGAGAAUCACUUCAACUGGAAAUGAAAUCACAAGUGCAUUUUAUCAGCAGAAAACACAAUUGACAGACCUCAGCACAAAGCCUGGCUUGAUAAAUAAUUGUAGACCAAGCGCACAAUCAGCAUAUCACAACCAAAAAAAUAUUGGGAAAGCACAUGCCUUUGGUGAAGAUGACUGGAAAGACAAAACCUUUAAGGAUUGUAGAAUAUUUUUGAAGAAAAUCAACCCAGCUGAAGAGCAGCGUUCUUUCAACAGCACUGUUGUUUGCACUCCGGAAUCUGUAGAUCGUAGUGCCAGUCACAGCUACUUUCAGGGGAAAAGGCACUGUACUUUAAGGUCCCAUUCUGCUAAGCAGAGAAUGUCCGACAGAUGCGAAAAGGAUGCUGAGGAAGCUAAGAAUUUCCUGCAUAUUGAACAAGACUGCAAGAAGCCAAGCAAGCGUGUCACUUUUGAAGAUGGCCCUGCUGAGGUCCCUAAGAAAACAAGCAAGAGGAGGAGGACACAGUACAAGCUCACCAACUUGAAUAUAAGAGAGAGGAAUACGAGGCAAUUAUGCAGCACUGGCCAAGUACCAAGUUGUUACUCAAAGUACCAACUAGGGCCUCUUAAACCUGUUGGACUGCCUUUGCUGGGAGGAUUUGCAAGCAGAGCUGUUGAAUACUCCAUGAUCCCAUUUCAGUUGCCUCUUCAUGGAAGCUCCCAAGUCUAACAGCAAAAACCCAUGAAUCGUCAAGAUGAGUCCAUCUGUCUUGUAGUCUCUGAUAAAGCAUGCAAUACUGUGAAUGAUUGUAAAAACUGAGCAAGCCAUUGCUGUAAUAACUAAGCAAAACUGCUUCAAAGAGCUAGACACUACCUUUCUGGGGGCUGUUUGGGUCGCUGCCAGGCAGCAUGUUCUACCUGGGGUAAGAGCUGCUUCUGAUAGUCAGGCAUAGUCUUCCCGGAAAGUGCCCUGGGGGACUGUGCCCAUUCGUAAGCUUCUUAUGACGGACUUCUGAACAUGCAUGCCAAAAUCUCUUUACAAUGGUUAGCCAUUCGGUCGUGGUGCCUAGAAGUUGCAUGCUGGGCAAACUGGCUUCCUAAGAUUCCCCCCAAUGCAGAGUAAAAUUGCAUUGCUGUGUUUUUAUGUGACAUUUUGUGUGUAUCUUGAGAUGUAUGUGCGUGGUGUUGUUUUUUCCCAAAAGACCUUUGGAAACAACCCUGCAGAAAAUAGCAGCUUCAGAAACCUCUCUCUGACGAAGUUGAGAUUGCUGUAAUGAGCCCUAUUUUUAUGUAUAUAUAUUUUUUCUUGGUGUUAAAAUUAGCUUUUUUUUUGUCUGCAGAGCUUCCUUAAAAUUGUCCCUUUGGCAGACAACUUGGUUGACAAGUUGUUUGGUUGGUAAGGGAUUUUUACUGGAUUACUUGGGACUUCUGCACUGUUACCUCACCUGAGACAGACUAACGGGAAUGUAACUGUGGAAGCUAUGGACUUUAACUAGAUGCCAUGUAGAGGACAGGGGUUAGCUUGUUGUGUCCUUAUUUACCUUAGGGUUGAAAGGGUUCCCCCCCCCCAUCUCUGACCCAAUCCAGCUCAUUUAGCUGGACUCAGGUGAGCAUCAUAGUAGGUGCACACCUGCAUUGGCCUUGCUAGUAGACGCUUGCUUCUCUGCACAGAUUCCCCCAGUCCAGGACCUACAUACUGAGUGCAGAGGGGACUGGGAGUGACUUGAAACGGUUUUGUUCUAGAUCAGGACUGAUGUUGAAGUUUGUGUGGCUUGAAAUGUGUAGGGUCCCUAGAUAUUAUUCCAGUAAUAAAUCUACCUCUGCACUGAGCUGUCAAUUAUUUUCAUGUACUUUUGAUGGAUUUCAAGUGUCCAGGUUCAUAG